AUCCCACAUCAUGUUCGUUAUUUGUCAGUUGUUGGUCUAGAAAUUUUUUGUUUUUCCGACUCGAAAGUUUUUACCUUUUCCCGUCGAACGCUCCUCCGGCAAAAGGCACUCAAAAUUCGAUGUUCACUUGAAAUUCAGAGCCCGUCCUUAGAGCGUACUGGAGAGGAGUCGCCACCGUGGUCGCUGGUGCACCUGAAGAACCUGAGUUCGAUUCCGAAUCCGAGGGCCUAAAGCUGCUGACAGGGGGAUCCCCAGAUCAAACUCCAUAUCCACACGUUCGCCUUGAAGCCGAGGGGUCGUUGCAUUCGUGAACUAUGUGACAGCGGCACUUCAGGGACAGAGCCAGGGUCGGGUUUACCACUGGGUCUCCGGAGCACCAGGAGCCUAAUAUUGCAACGCCACAGGGCACAAGAUCCGGGAAGCUCUCGCGGAUCGCCGAUCGUCAAAGGACCCGGCGCCAUGGCCAUUCACGAGCAGAUCGACAACCUGAACAUCUGGUGGUUUCCGCGCGACUUCUGCCAGUCGCGCUUUGGCGAGUUUCAGCAGAGCGGCACCAACUCCUGUACCCUCAUUUCCCUGAUCCUGGCCGACAAGGUGGCCAAGGCGGAUAGGUUUUAUCACAGGGUCUCUGAUCUGCCAAUGCGGGGAUGGGAGCUCUUCGGCAACGCCAUGAACGAUGGAAACAAUGUGUACCACAAUGUAAUCACCACCAACACGCCCCAGGCCAGGAAUCUCAACCUCAACAUUCCGGAUGCGAUCGCGGCCAUUCGGUCGCAGCACAAGAUUAACUUCCGGCUGGAAGAGUGGUUCUACACACACAUGGAGGCCGAUCCCAGCAGUCCCAUGUACAACCGGAACGUGGCCGUGCAGCUGUCGCGGAUCUUCCAGAUCACACUCCAGGUCUUCCAGCAGGCCAGCGUGCGUGACAACAUGCCCUCGCAUCUUUUCGCCGCCAUCAUUGCGGACAGUCGAACAGUGAUGGUAACCUUUGACUUCCGGGCCUCGAUCGUCGCUCUCUUCGACUCGCACCAGCAUGGACGGGAUGCGGGCGCCGUCUUCGCCCAGUGCACGCUCCAGAACAUGGACGAUCUGCUCUUCUGGUUCAUAAGCAUGCUGCACAACGUCUACUCCAGCCGGCCCUCGCUCUUCGAGAUCUCCUUCCUCAGCUCCCAGCCGGGUGUGGCCAAACGGAUCCCGCCGGCCAUUAAAAAGAUAGCCGGGGACUUGAAGAAGCCGCUUAAGAUGAACAUUCCCAGGCCCUCACAUUAAUCAAAAUGCCAAAGGAACUCCAUUCAGUACGCCAUCUACUUUUAAGGAAAUAGAUCUUGGAUCGGGCCAGAACUUUGGAACGAAUGGAAGGGACUUUUCAAUCCCAAAAUCUCAAAUUUCAUAUAGCCAAAUUUGUAUUUUUGGGCGCUUAAAAACUGCAAUCAAAAUUUUCAGUUGACCAACAACGAAUAAAUAGCGAACAAAAA